AUGGCGAGGUUCUUCAGGGAGGAGGAGUACGAGGAGGAUCGGCCGGAGAAACCGAGGAUGUUCGGGGUGACGGAGGUGAGGGGGCCCUUCUACAGCCGCUCCCUCACCACCCACCAAGCUCUCCAGGUCAGUCUCACGCUGCCUCUUCAUUUUUUUUCUUCAGAAUCUCCAAGUUCUGCUCAAUCCCCCCGCGUAAUUUUCGCUGUUUUUCUUUGAAAUCCUCCUCCCCGGGGGAUUACGCGACUUCGGAAUAUAAUUUGAGAGACGGAUGGAUGGGGUGGCUCCCGCGGAAAUCUAUGUGUAUGUGGUUUUCUUUUCAAUUCUGCUUCUGUUGCCACUCCGCAUCGUCGUAAUCUUCGUCCUGGCUUCGUAUCCCCCCUGUAGGUUUUUAUGUAUUCAGUUCCAUCUUCGCCUAGCGAAUAGCGAGAGACGGAUGCUGCUGGCGCUCGCCCUCUCCUUUUAAACAUAUUUUCGCGUUUCCUUUCGUUUUCUCUGUAUAAUCCGGGCCCUAUCUUCGUUGUGGCGGUGUUUAGCCGUGGUAAAUCCUCUCAGGUGAUCGGUGCGAGAACUUUUCAGUCCUUCCAUUUCAGUGUCUCAAUCGAGAGACUAGGGUUUUUAGCAUGGAUCCUGGUAUAUUUCCUGUGAUGUGAAACAUCAGAUUAGUCUGAAUGAUCUACGCCCGUUCUAAAGCUCAAACUCUUUCUAGACUUUGAUGCAGGCCGGGUGCCUACCCUUGCCGCGAAGAUGUUAUAAUCAGUUUUCCUUUUCUUUUAUUCUUGAUGAACAUAGAUCAUGCGUUUCUGAAAUCAGUAGAGAAACUUUUCUCCAGUUCUCAUUGAUUUGGGAUGAUGAUCCCUAUAUCCAUCAGAAAAUAAUUGCUUGCCCAAUGAUUCCAUAUCGACAGCAUCGAAUCAAAGGGUCCAUCUAUGUCCUAAGCAUUUCAUUGUGUGGAGUUCUCAGUCAUCUGAUGCACUGCCCUAAACCUAAAUUCUCCAAUGUUUUUUCAGAAUUUAUCGUAUGACCAAGAAAUUUAUCAGAAUUUAUCAGGCCUUUUCAGCUCUUCUGGACUGCUAUUCACCUUCCCAGUGAUUUUCAUUUCAUGUCAAGAUUUCUUUUGAAGGUUUAUCAGGGGAUAUCUCCUUUACUACUUCUCUACUCUUAAUCUCCUCUUCUGGUAAAUUUUAUCUACUCAAUUUUGUUCUUCCCAUUAUAGCAAAUAAUUUGGCGUAUAAUCUAACUAUCUGGCUCAGUGGACUUAUAUUUCCCUGCCUGAAAUAUUUAUCUACCUCGUUAUUCCACUAGAUUUCAUCCACUCGCCUGGUGGAUGUGAUCCGUUUCUGAUAAAAAGCUAUUAAAAUUUCUUCUUCCCAUUAUAUUCACUAAUUUCACUUAUGGAUCUCUUUCCAAUUAAUAUCUAUUUAAAUUCAUUAUUAUCAUCAUAGAAAAAAAAGGUCCCACUUCACGUGAUUCUUCCUCCCAUGAUAGCCAAUAGUUUCUCAAGUUCAUCUCUCUUUCCGGUAAAAAAAUUGUUUAAAUUUCCUGUUCUUCCGCUCUAGAGAAAUUUUUUUCCCCAUAUGGAUCUAUUUCUGAUAAAAAUAUAUUCAUAUUUCUUCUUCCCAUAAUAGAAAAAAAUAAAUCCCACAUUGACGUAUUUCUUCCUCCCAUAAUAGCCAAUAAUUUCUCACGCCCAUCUGUUCCUGAAAAAGAUCUGUUUAGCUUUCUUCUUCUUUCCAUUCUAGAGAAAAAAAAUCCUUAUAUGGAUCCAAUUCUGAUAAAAAUAUAUUCAUCUUUCUUCUUCCCAUUAUAUAAAAUAGCAACCCAUGUGGAUCUGUUUGUGAUAAACCGCUUUUUAAUUUUUUUAUUUUUUAGCGUAGAAUAAUAAUUUCCCAUGAAUCUAACCUUCUGCCUUCUACUUCAGGAUAUCUUGGAGACCACGGGACAGUUCGUGGAUGGAUUGAAGUUCACCGGGGGCUCAUACAGCCUGGCGGCACGGUCUUCCAUAAGAGAAAUAAUCAACAUGGCUCAUCAGCACAAUGUCUACGUCAGCACUGGUGACUGGGCAGAUCACCUUCUCCGCAGAGGACCCUCUGCCUUCAAAGAGUAUGUGGAGGUCUGAUGAGGAACUGCCAGAAUAAUCCCACAUCGGUUGAUUCAGCAAAACCCAUUUUUUUACAGAAAUUAGUUUAUUUUUUGUUUUUUUCUGAUGUGAGAUGACUGCAGGAGUGUAGAGGGAUGGGGUUUGACAUGGUGGAUCUGAAUUCGAGCUCAAUUAGGGUUCCUGAGGAAACCCUUCUAAGACUGGUCCGUAUGAUCAAGACUGCGGGUCUGAAGGCAAGGCCCCAACUUUCGUGGAAGUUUGAUCCUGCCGAGGUUCCUGCAGGCGGAGACCGAGCGUUCGGAGCUUACAUUGCUCCAUCCCCUCAAAAAUCUGGUAUGUAUUCAUCUUGAUGCUCCCUACUUCUUCUUCUUCCAUUAUUUUCUAGCAGAAAUUCAUCCCCUGUUGAUGCCUGACCUGACAAAAUUAAGCCCAUAUCGAGAAGUGAUCUCUCUUGGCUGGGUUUGUGCUUCCAUAGUUUCAUAUUUCUCUCUCUCUCUCUCUCUCUCUCUCUCUCUCUCUCUCUCUCUCUAUCAAUCUCUGAUAGUUGAGGUCUCUGAACCUGUCAAGCUGGCUCAAAUCCCAUUUUUUCCCGGCCCAUUCUCUCUGGCGAAAACUAGUAGCUAGCUGACAGAACAUCCCCUUGGGUUGACAAAACUUCUCUCUCUCUCUCUCUCUCCCUAUUUCUCUCUGAUAGUUGAGGGCUCUCCCUAUUUCUCUCUCUCUCUCUCUCUAAUAGUUGAGGGCCCUGAACCUGACUUGUUGGCCCAAAAGGCCAUUUUUUUUCUCUGACAACCAUGGGUAGCGAGCUGACGAAACUUUUCCCCUUCGGGCUGACCACGCAGAGAUUGUUGAAGACGUUGACUUCCUGAUCAGGAAGGCCGAGAGGUGCUUGGAGGCGGGUGCAGAUGGAAUCAUGAUCGCGAUCGACGGCGCGGAGUUGCCCACGGAUGCCAUCGCCAAGAUCGUGGGGCGGCUGGGGCUGGACAGAACCAUGUUCGAAGCCCUGGAUGGCGGCGCCCCGGAGUGGUUUGUAGGGAGAUACGGGCCGAGGGUAGAGAGAUUUUCUUUUCUUUUUUCUUGGCCUGUUCGAGCCGGUUGACUUCUGCAGCGAGGUCCUGAUGCUUUUAUGGUCUGAUUUCAGGUCAACCUCUUCGUGGAUCAUUCUCAGGUGAUGGGUCUGGAAUGCCUCCGAGGGCAUGAUGUGGGUGGGAGGAGGAGGCACCGGGCCUCUGGUGGUGGUGGUGGUCCCUCCUACUUUCUUUUCUGA